UUAUCACAACGACAAAUUUAUCCGUAAUAUGACUCAGUAAGCGAUUUGAUACAUACUAAACACGAGAAAAGUUUCAAGAGAUUGCAUGGAAAACCAUAUUAUCAAUUUAGAUACUGUCCCCUCUACUUACAACACAGACUUUUCAUCAAACUAUGAAUCAGAAAUAGGGGACUUAAAGAGGGACGUAUGCAGAAUAACAUUAAUAAUGAACAUGUUUCGAGCGAAAGGAACACGCAAAUAAACCCUUAUGUUUUAGCGUGUAAUCUAUGAUAUUGCUACAGAGAAUUCCGUGUUGUAAAACUUGAUUGAAACAUAUAGAAAAUAAGUUUCCGUUCGCAACCACAUAUCGCAUGAAGGGAGAACAUGAAAGAACUAUCUAAUACAUCGUUCGAUUAUUACAUACUACCGAAUAAGAUCUUCUGUAGUGUUGUUGGAAUGUGGCCUAUCGACGAGAAAAGUUCAACGUCUAGCAAAAUAUUCGCAUAUUUCCGCUUGAUAGUGACAGUGAUUUCAUACAGUUCUAUCUUUGUGCCCCAAAUUUGGGCGAUAGCAGUAAAUUGGGGCGACAUACAAGCCAUAGCAGAAAUAGGGAUCACAGUAACAUCAAUCGGACAAGCAUUAUACAAAAUGUUUUACUUAAUAGCAAGAAGAGAAAAAGCACAUGAGCUCUAUAAUGAAAUGCGAAGUCUAUGGGAUUCUUCCGAUGAUUCAAACGAAAAGAAAUCUUACGAACAAAUUGCUUAUUGGGCUCGAAUUGCUACAAUAACUUUUUUUGUAUCCCUCAUGUGUAAUGUGAUCUCUUUCACAAUAUCUGGAAUUAUCGAUUAUUUAAGUAAUAACCGACAUUUACCUUUCGACGUCUGGUACGGAACAGACAUCUCAGCGUCUCCCAAAUUCGAAAUCAUCUUCAUUUGUCAGCUGUUGGCAUGCAUCAUAGGCACUUCAGGAGUCGUUGGUAUAGACUGCUCGAUUAUGACCGUAAUAUUACACGUGGCUGGACAGUUUAAACUAAUCAAAACCUGGAUGAAUAAAAUUGGAACUGAAAUCAAUCGCGAGUCUGUUCAUUUGGAAAAGUUCGAAAUAGACCUGUUUAAGUGCAUUCGCCAUCACCAGCGGAUCAUACAUGUGGUGAACGAUAUAAAUAAUUUAUUUACUCCCAUCCUUUUUAUGCAACUUCUUACGAGUGGAAUAGAAAUUUGUUUAAGUGGAUACGCAAUGCUCGGAUACAGGACAGCAAUUAUCGAUGUGCUGAAAUUUAUAUUUUAUUUCAUUUCCAUGAUGGUGGAAAUUCUUUUAUUUUGUUGGCCCAGCGAAAUUCUUGUUCAAGAAAGUGAAGAAGUAGGUUACGUAAUUUAUUUCAAUGUACCAUGGUAUAAGUUAUCUCCAAUUCAUCGGAGACACCUUUGUCUUAUGAUUAUUAGAGCACAACGAUAUUGCAGUAUCACGGCAUUAACUUUCAAAACAUUAUCUUUUCAAACAUUAACAAGCGUAUUCAACACAGCUGCUUCAUAUUUUACUUUGUUACGGCAAAUGCAUCAAGACCAAAUUUCAACGAACACAUAAUUACCGUGUAUGAUAUUAAACAAAAAUAGUCAAACGUAUGUAUAGUAUAGAUGUACAUAUAGUGUGAUAUCA